CCUCGCUGUGAAGAUCAACGAGGUUGCUUGCUGAAUGGAAGGGUUUGCUGGUUUGUGAUUUUUCAAGAAGCCUUGCUGCAAUUCUAUGGGUGAAGUAUGAACUAGAUUUUGGAAGUAGCAGCGGAGAACUGGAUUUUGCUUCACACUGAUUGGUUUGUAUGAGGUAUUACAUUUUUAAGAUAUAUCUUGAAGUAGUUACUAAACAUAUUUUUUGUUUUUAUUCUCAUAAUUUGAUAAGCACAAAUGACUCCUAAACAUGUUUUAUGUUUCAGUGUUUACCACAAAAUAGAGACAAAAAUUGUCUCUAUUUUUGAUUUUUUUGAAGCCGCGAAAACAAAAACGUUACUAAAUGACCCCUACGUUUUUUGUGUAACAAAACAAUUCUUUUCAGACCCCAAAGACUCUUAGUCCAGCUGUCAUGUUUGCUUUCCCAAUGGCUGCUUCUCAUCUUCCCUCUCAUUCUACUCCUUUCUCAAAAUCACUGAAACACCCUUCAAACCCAUUUGUCUGUAUUUGUUCGCUCCUUUCUCAAAAUCAUGGCAUGCUCAUCAAACCCAGCCCAAGAACAAUAAACCUCAGGGCUAUACUGUACCAAAACCCUACAAAAACCUCAACUUCAGACGCACAAAUCCAGAACUUUCAGCAUUGUUUCACCAAAUCUGAAGAUGGGUAUUUGUGCUGUGAAGGCCUUAAGGUUCAAGAUGUCAUGAAAAUUGUUGAAAGAAGUCCAUUUUAUCUGUACAGUAAGUCUCAAAUCACAAGAAACUUUGAGGCUUAUGGAGAGGCUUUGGAGGGCUUGAAUUCGAUAAUCGCGUAUGCGAUUAAAGCUAAUAAUAAUCUCAAGAUUUUAGAGCAUUUGAGGAAGUUGGGUUGUGGCGCUGUGUUGGUCAGUGGUAACGAGCUUAAAUUGGCCCUUUGUGCCGGGUUCAAUCCCACCAGUGAAUUUGAUUUGGAUAAUAUUGUAGCUGCUGCAAGGAUUGCUGGGAAGAAGGUUAAUGCACUUCUUCGUAUCAAUCCAGAUGUGGAUCCUCAG